AUGCCAAUAUUUGGCGAGACAAUGAAGAGAAUCUUCGGCGCCACUCCGUCGCCCGUUCCAGAAGCCCGGGAAAUGGUGUUGAUUAAGUUGAUGUCGGAAGAUUACGCAAACGAGUGUAAAUUGCGUUCCGAAUACGACACCUGUCCCACCUGUUUACCUUUCAAACCCGCUCUACCACGUUGUUCAAGUAGAGCCGUGGGCUUUGCUUCCGUGGUGGAGCAACAAUUGGGUGGCCAAUUCCCUGGAGUGGAAAAUCGUGCCCUGCAGAGUGAAGGGCGUCCACGGCAAGAUGAGUCUAGGCCUGAAAGUCACGAUAAUACGCUGGAAAACCGUUUUAUGGGGCAAGAAGCCACGGCUCGAAGCCAGAUU